UUCAAUGAAACAGCCGAUAUGUGGCAUCGAUAUUAAGCAAAACAUCGAAAUAUAUCGCCCUAAAACAUCGCUGCCGGAUGCAUCGAUGUUUUUUUUACAUCACUAGGUGAGCGAGCCAGCAAUAAGUGAACGAUUUUUGCGCAAAAACGGUGUUUAUCAAUAAAUCGUUGCGCACGAUUGUUUUGGCUGUAGAAAACGCGUGAAUUCUCGUCCGAAACGCGCCGAACCAGCGCCAUUGCCGCCAAAAGAAACGCGUUUCAGUGCUGCGAAUAGCUAAAAAGAACGUAAGCAACGAUAACAACAGGCAGCAAGACCGAGCGAGAACGAGAGAGAGCGAGAGAGUGUUGUGUGUGUGCGUGCUGCCAACUUGUCGCACCAAUUCGCUGCUGUGUUUCAGUGUGCGUGUGUGUUCUGUGGGGUUCUCCCAAAAAGAGGAAACAAAUAAGAAACCUUUGCGCGAUGCCAUACGAAAUGUAUCGGAAGUUUUAGGGUUCGAACUCCGCCUUGCUCUGUUGCUGUGCACGUAUUUAUAUAUUUGCCUGGCCAGCGCGACUUUUCAACAAGUUGCCAGCGCAGCGUGCAACGCGCGUACACACACACACGCGCGCAAGAAAGAGUGAGAGAAAGAGAGAGAGAGGCGGAAAGAGAGCGAGCAACGGCAACAACAACAAAGGCCUCUCAGCAGCAACGUUUUUAGUGAUGUCAUCAGAAAAAACGUCUUCAAGCUGGCCAAAUUGAAGCGGAAACGGUAGCCAAACUGAAGCACUUGUCGGAGAGCGUCUCGGUGCUGCUGAAGAUCGCCAGGAUCGGCAACAUGGACAACAGCAUCGUCGAGGAGAACGGCAACUCGUCGGCGGCAUCGGGCUCCAAUGACGUGGUCGAUGUCGUUGCCCAACAGGCGGCGGCAGCGGGGGGCGGCGGUGGUGGAGUCGGUGGCGGUGGAGGAGGCGGUAACCCCCAGCAGCAGCAGCAACAGAACCCACAAAGUACAACGGCCGGCGGUCCAACGGGUGCGACGAACAACGCCCAGGGAGGCGGAGCGUCCUCCGUGCUCACCACCACCGCCAACUGCAACAUACAAUACCCCAUCCAGGCGCUGGCGCAGCACGGACUGCAGGUGCAAUCCGUGAUACAGGCGAAUCCCUCGGGGGUCAUACAGACAGCAGCUGGAACCCAGCAGCAGCAGCAACAACAGGCGCUGGCCGCCGCCACAGCGAUGCAGAAGGUGGUCUACGUGGCCAAGCCGCCAAACUCGACGGUGAUCCACACGACACCUGGCAAUGCAGUGCAAGUGCGUAACAAAAUCCCUCCAACCUUUCCGUGUAAGAUCAAACCCGAACCGAACACGCAGCACCCGGAGGACAGCGACGAGAGUCUGUCGGACGACGAUUCCCAGCACCACCGCAGCGAGCUGACGCGACGGCCGUCGUACAAUAAGAUCUUCACCGAGAUCAGCGGUCCGGACAUGAGCGGCGCAUCGCUUCCCAUAUCCGACGGCGUGCUCAAUUCCCAGCUGGCGGGGACCGGAGCGGGGGGCAAUGCGGCGAACAGCUCCCUGAUGCAGUUGGAUACCACGUACUACCUGUCCAAUCGGAUGUCCUACAACUCCAACAACAGCGGCAUAGCGGAGGACCAGACCCGUAAGCGCGAAAUCCGGCUGCAGAAGAACAGGGAGGCGGCGCGCGAGUGCCGGCGCAAGAAGAAGGAGUACAUCAAGUGCCUGGAGAAUCGAGUGGCGGUGCUAGAGAACCAAAACAAAGCGCUCAUCGAGGAGCUGAAGUCGCUCAAGGAGCUCUACUGUCAGACCAAGAACGAUUGAAUGUGGGCGGGGCUCUGGCGCCGCCUGCGCCUCCGCCUCCCGUUACGGCUAUGGUUGCGGAUACGGAUACGGAUACGGUUACGGCGACGACUGCGCUGCGGUUCCGCUUCACUCUGUUCUGGACAACGCCCGACAGCAGCGAUGAUGGUUCGAUCCUCGCCGCGGGCCGGCCGCAUAUCAUGAUUUCUAUUACGUAUAGGAUGCUAUACUCGUAUGUGGGUAGCGUGUACAAUAUGAGCUGUGUGUCGAGGGAUCGUGUUUGUUGUUGGAACGCGGACGGACCGAAGCGCGAUGGGACGGGCAGAGGGUCGGGUCUAUCUGCCGCACACACCAUGUAAUUAUGUUUGUAAUUUAAAGAUGUAAUAUUAUGUUUAUGAUUUAGUUUACGCCUUAGUUUAUUCGCUAACUUAACGAUACUGAAGUUUACCUACGAACAUGUGUUUCUGUAGCCUAAGACCUUUCACCACACCCACAUGCACACCUACCCUACACCUAUUGUAAUUAAAUAUUUUGUUUUACCUAAUUCGUAAUUGAUGCAGGACGUGCGUGUCUAGCGAAAGUGUUUUUUCUUAGCGAAUUGUUGUAAGCCAAUAUGUCAGGAUAUAGUCAACCAGCACUCCCGAACCCCCAGAACACCAAAACCCCAAAACCACCACAUCCCAGGAAGGAUAGAUGGGUGAAGGAGCGGGCGAAUGGGUUUUCUGAGCCUCCCAAUUCAAAUUGUUCAAGGAUCGCAAGUUUCACUUGAUUUAUGUGUGUGUCUGUAUAUAUACAUACGUGUGUGCCGGCCAAUUUUAUCUGUAAGAUUAGUCUUAGAUCGAACAUCCAAUCCAUCUGGGAUUUGAGCAUGGAAUUAAUUGUUAAGACACUUUGUUACAUCAUUUUAAACGAACCGCAACUCCACAAGGAGCCCGGUUUAUAUGCAACUCCACACUGAGCACGCGAAUCCAGUUUUGGAAUCGGGGCGAACCAUCGAAAGGAGGGAUCUUGGCCGGAACACACGUGUGGAUACAGCUACAUAUGUAUUGCAUUAUAUAUAUAUUUAUACAUAUAUAGAAAGCAAACACUCUCGUUAUCUCUUGUGAUCGACUCAGUUGUUGUUAUGAAUGGUAGAAAACAGACGAAGGGACGGAGAAAUACGAUAAUACGAUUAAUUAUGAUGUCGGGGGACAGAGACCGAACUUUUUUAUAUAGCGUAGCGCAACGGAAACAAUGUCAAAACGAAGCACCGGAAACGGAAAUGAAACCAGAAGACAACUUGCAUGUAUAUCGCUCUAUUUUUGAUGUCCGAAUCCAAAUUUUCGCAAAAUAGGAAAGCAAAGUAAACAAAAAGUAAACCGAAACAAAAAAACGAAACGCAAGUUCAGAGAUCAGCUUUUUUUGUUGGCCAAGUCAGGGGAGGGGGCACGCUGAAAAGGGCAAGUAAAGCAAACAAAAGUUGCAUUCAACAAAGUAAAUAAAUAUUUUUAUUGUCAUUGCAUAAUUCUUAAGCUAGUACUUUUAAUAACUAAAUCGUAAGCGCGGAACAACAAAGUAAAUGGAAACACAACGGAUAAGCCACAGCCCAAAACAAAAAGGGAUUCAUAAUAAAUCGCGUGCAGGAACUAAAAGGAUUGCAAAUACAAAAGCA